AGUCCAAGAAGGGCGUGGCUACGGGUUACAAAAGGAGAAUGGCCACCAGACGAAGUCUCCACUUCGUCUUGAAAGUCGCCGACAGGACGGCGACUGCCAAGUUUUACAGGGAGAUCCUGGGAAUGAAGGUUGAGUUUUGCUGUUCAUCUACAAAUAAGAAUCCUGUGGCCUUACACACUAGGUUCUGAGGCACGAGGAAUUCGAGGAGGGCUGCAAAGCUACUUGCAACGGGUGGGUCAGCUUCUAAAAUACUUCUGCAAAAGGUCUCCCAAGCGACUAUCAUGUUAUACAGACCAUAUGAUGGGAAGUGGAGCAAAUCAAUGGUGGGCUAUGGGAGCGAGGACAACCACUUUGUUGUGGAACUGACCUAUAACUAUGGCAUCAAGCACUACGCCAAGGGGAACGACUACCAGCACAUCACGAUAUUCUCAAAGUCGGCAGUGGACAGCGUUCGGAAGAACAAUUACCCCCACACACAGGCUCCGGAUGGUUCACUGGUUGUAAAUGCUCCCGGAGACUACACUUUCUGUCUACAUGACAAACAAUCUGAGAAACCUGAUCCUGUGCAGUCGGUGUCACUUGGCGUGUCUGAUCUUGCAGCAUCACUGAAGUACUGGCACGAGCUACUGGGGAUGACUGUCGUGUCACAGUCUAGUGACAGAGCCUCUCUGACUUUCUCUGAGAAAGCAGGCUAUGAUAGAACUGGUGAAGUUGGCAGAACAAAUCGAUCACGCAGAAGCCUUUGGUCGCAUUGCUUUCUCCUGCCCCCGAGCAGAGCUUCUAGGGAUAGAGAGUAAGGUGAGGGAGGCAGGAGGGACAGUCCUCACACCGCUGGUCAGUCUGGACACCCCGGGAAAGGCUACUGUGGAGGUGGUGAUCUUAGCCGACCCUGAUGGGCAUGAAAUAUGUUUUGUGGGAGAUGAGGCAUAUCGAGAGCUCUCGCAAGCUGACCCAACAGCAGAUCACCUCAUCAACAAGGCCAUUGCUGAAGACAAGAGCGACGAGUGGUUUGCCAAGCAUGACCAGAGGAUGUCACAUUAAUUAACCCUUUGUUCACUACAAACAUACCCAAAUGAACCAUUAUAAAACACGUGAAAAUCUUUUCUGAAAGGUG